GUUCCCUGCCCCACCCGUGAGAAUUGAGGUUUGACUAGAGGCAAGGGAGGAUCCAGCCCGGAUUCCAGUUGUUCACGGCUCUUCCUGUCGUUGCCGGCGCGAUUCCUUGGACUCAGAUGGACCACACAUCCCCAACCUACAUGCUUGCUAACUUAACCCACUUACAUUCUGAACAACUUCUACAGGGUCUGAAUCUUCUUCGUCAACAUCACGAACUCUGUGACAUCAUUCUUCGAAUAGGUGAUGUUAAAAUCCAUGCUCACAAAGUGGUACUUGCCAGCAUCAGCCCAUAUUUCAAAGCUAUGUUCACUGGAAACCUUUCUGAGAAAGAGAACAAUGAGGUUGAGUUUCAGUGCAUUGACGAAACUGCUCUCCAGGCCAUCGUGGAAUAUGCCUACACAGGAACUAUUUUUAUUUCACAGGACACAGUUGAAUCUCUCCUUCCAGCAGCAAACCUACUCCAGAUAAAACUUGUCCUGAAAGAAUGUUGUGCAUUUCUUGAAAGCCAGCUUGAUCCUGGUAAUUGCAUUGGAAUUUCUCGUUUUGCAGAGACAUACGGUUGUCGUGACCUUUACUUGGCAGCCACUAAAUACGUAUGCCAAAAUUUUGAAGCUGUUUGCCAGACUGAAGAGUUUUUUGAGCUUACACAUGCUGAUUUGGAUGAAAUUGUUUCCAAUGACUGUUUGAAUGUAGCUACAGAAGAGACUGUUUUUUAUGCACUUGAGUCUUGGAUCAAUUAUGAUGUACAAGAACGCCAGAAAUACUUAGCGCAGCUACUUAACAGUGUGCGAUUACCAUUGCUGAGUGUUAAGUUUCUCACUAGACUAUAUGAAGCAAAUCAUCUUAUUCGUGAUGAUCGCACUUGUAAACAUCUUUUGAAUGAAGCCCUAAAGUACCACUUCAUGCCUGAACAUAGACUCUCUCAUCAGACAGUCUUGAUGACACGACCUCGCUGUGCUCCCAAAGUACUUUGUGCAGUAGGAGGAAAAUCUGGAUUGUUUGCCUGUUUGGAUAGUGUGGAGAUGUACUUUCCUCAGAAUGACUCUUGGAUUGGUUUGGCACCCUUAAACAUGCCUCGCCAUGAAUUUGGAAUAUGCGUUUUAGACCAAAAGGUGUAUGUUAUAGGUGGUAUUGAAACUGACGUGCGUCCUGAUUUCACUGUCAGAACACAUGAAAAUUCAGUAGAAUGCUGGAAUCCUGAUACAAAUACCUGGACUUCUCUUGAGAGAAUGAAUGAGCACCGAAGCACCCUUGGAGUAGUAGUACUUGCAGGAGAACUUUAUGCUUUAGGUGGUUAUGAUGGACAGUCUUACUUACAAUCUGUAGAGAAGUAUAUUCCCAAAUUAAGAAAAUGGGAACCUGUGGCACCAAUGACUACAACACGAAGUUGUUUUGCCGCAGCUGUGCUGGAUGGAAUGAUAUAUGCUAUUGGUGGGUAUGGUCCUGCCCACAUGAACAGUGUGGAACGUUACGAUCCAAGUAAGGACUCCUGGGAGAUGGUUGCAUCUAUGGCAGAUAAAAGGAUUCACUUUGGUGUGGGUGUCAUGCUGGGCUUUAUUUUUGUGGUAGGUGGACAUAAUGGUGUCUCACAUUUGUCAAGUAUUGAAAGAUAUGACCCCCAUCAAAAUCAGUGGACUCUGUGUAGACCAAUGAAAGAACCCAGAACAGGAGUUGGUGCUGCAGUAAUUGAUAACUACCUUUAUGUAGUCGGUGGUCACUCAGGGUCUUCCUAUCUGAACACCGUGCAGAAAUAUGACCCUAUCUCAGAUACAUGGCUGGAUUCAGCUGGCAUGAUAUACUGUCGCUGCAAUUUUGGAUUAACUGCACUUUGACAAGUGUGGACUCAUGGAAAUAGUGAGGUGAUGAACCUCAUGUCGCAUGAAAGGAUGCCCAGUUUUCUAAAACUCCAAAGCUGCAUUGCUUUCUUUUUAACUUGAAAUGACAUGAAGACUCCAAGUUUUGUUGGUACUUUGAACUGAGAAGUAGCUUUGGUUGUUCUUUAUUACACAGUGAAUGGAUAAUCAAAAAAAAAGGAAAGAUCUUGCUAAUUGAAUUGUGCACUUUUCCCCUGCUAAUACUAGGAUAAAGUAGUUUUAUGUUUGUAAGUGUAUAUGUGGGGAAAACUUUUUUUUUAAGUUUUAGCUCUCUUCCUCUAUAUGUACCAUGAUUUACCAGGAUAAAUGAUGUUUGGAUGCUGGAGUGUAGUAAAUGACUGGACAGAGUGCUGAUACUGUCUGUUGGGUAUAAAUUCAUAUGCUUUACACUUUAAAUAAAGGGCUGCUUUUUUGGUACUUUUAAGGGGUGUAAAUUAUAUGCCAUAGUGGCUCACCUGGACAUUCUUUCUGCUAAAUGGCUUUAGGACUGGGAACAUAAUAACUGUGCAAGACAAAUGCUUUUACUAUCAUGAUAUUUGGGGGCCUAUUUAAAGAAGUCAUAUUUACUGUUUAUAUCUUUUUUAUAUGGGCAGGUUAAUGCUGGUUGAAUUUACUUACCCAUCUAUGCUAUGCUAAGCAUGGAUAGAGUUAAGCAUAUCAGUUUAAUUUUUUAGUAGUACAGCAAGCUUCCCCGUGUUGAUGUAAAUAUUUGACAAAUGUUUAGUAUCAUACUUAGUGUAUAUUAGUUUUUCAUACAUCCUUAUAAUAAUUUCAGUUUUUUAAGACAUUCGUUUGCUUUUUCAAGUGUUCCAAUAUAAAAAUGGUGCUAAAUGUAGGAACUAUAACAAAGCUAUAACAAUGUUCUUUUGGAUGUUCAGUAUGAGAUAUGCAUGACAUGUUUUGAUAGUAUUUUUCAUUUUUACUGGCUUGAUUUAUUUGUACUUAUUAAAAAUGUUAGUGAAUAUACUAAUGAUAGCAUCCAAAAAUCACAUAAAUACCCAUGUUCUGCUUUCCAUAGUGAUUUAAAGAAAGAUACAUUUUGAUCUUUCUUCUUGUACUAAAUAUUACAUGUCCUUAAAAAUAGAAAUAUAUACAUUAAAUUUAAAGCACUGGGCAGUUAUACAUUACUCUGCAUUUCUUAGGUAACUGAAUAUUUUAAAGUUACUGAGGAAAACUGGAACUUAGUGUUUACUUGAGUAAUGGUUCUAAAUUUGGUCCUAUUUUGACUAAAGAAGUGCUCUUUUAAAGCAAAAUUGUUUAUUGCCAAGUGACAGUGUAUUUGAAAGAAGUGGUUGACUCAUUUUGUUUUAGCAUGUUUUAGUGAAUGUCUAUUAGUCUUGAACACCUAACCUUGCAUUUUUAUCAGGAUGUCGGUACUUUUAUUUUUGGUACUAUAGUCAUUUUCUUUUCUUUUCCAUGUUUUCUUUUUUUUUACCUGCCCACCAUCUCUUUAUAGUCUCUGCAAAACCAGUGUAUAUUUGUAAGAAAAUUUCAUACUGCAUUCUUAAGUGCCAUGUUUUAAACUAUUGUUAGAAGCCAUUCUUAAUUAUAAAAAUGUAAGUUCAUUUGUUAGCAUAUGUGUUAUUUCUUGAAAACUGUAGCCAGGCAAUUUGCUGUUAUUCCUUGUUCUUCCAUAAACUGCCAGUUGUAGAUUUAAAUAUAUACUACCAAACUAUGUAAAAAUCACCUUUAAACAUUAGUAUCAUGCUUUAUGAAUAUUUGCACAGAUUAUAAAACCUUGCAAGUGACUUUUAGUCUCUUCUAACUAAGAACUCAACAGGAGCUACUAAUAAACUUGACAGGCUGAGUAUUUUCUAUGUUGCUUGUUUAAAAAAACAAUGAUAUAUAGCAAUAACUUUUUAAUUGAUUUGAAUAAACUUAUUGAGUAGAAACAAGGUGCACUAUUGUGAUUGGCCUAGACUUUAUUUAAAGAAAAGCAGUUUAAAAUAGAUUGUAUCACAUAUGUAUACGUCCCAACUUGAUUUUCUUUUUAUUUAUGUCAAUAAGCUUGUUAAAUACAUCCUGUUGUUCUAUUUUUAAUCCUUUAUCCCCAGAAGGGAAUUUGAAAGACUACAAAAUUAUUUUAAUUGUAAACAAAGCUAUACUAUACAUUUUAUUUUAAUAGUGUUUUACUCUGUAUCAUUGCCACUACCAAAUUAGUAUAAAAUACAUACUUCAUUUGAUAAAUUAGAUCAAAGACAUAUAUUGAUCAUUGCUUUGGAAAAAUCCAAAUUUGAUGUUGAAGAAUACUGAAUGUGAAACAUUUUGGGCAAUAAUAGGACUCAUGUACCAGAGAACAAAUUUUUUUUUUAAGAUUUUAUUUACGCAUCUCUAGAGAGGGAAGGGAGGGAGAUAGAGAGAGAGAGAAACAUCAAUGUGUGGUUGCUGAGGGUUAUGGCCUGCAACUCAGGCAUGUACCCUGGCUGGGAAUUGAACCUGGGACACUUUGGUUCCCAGCCCGCACUCAAUCCACUGAGCUACACCAGCCAGGGCUCCAGAGAACAAAUUUUGAAACCUGUAAAAGGAAGAGGGAAAAAACCCCCAAAUUUAACUAUAUUUAUUUCAGGUUUGCCAAACCUACUGUACUACUGUUCACAACUGGAGGUAUUAAUGUGACCUGACAAUUAAUAACUUUACAACAGGGGCUUUUUGUACAGAUUUUUGAGAAGUUUAUUUAUGAAUACUCUGCUGACAAAUUGUGAAUUUAAAGCUACAUGUGUCUUAUGUUAAAAAAGAUAAAGAUAUUUGAUUAUAAAUUCACAGGGUUAAAUAUCAAUAUAUUAGAAAUCAAUGAAGAGACAGUUAAGGUUGCCCCCCAAAAAUUUUGAAAAAAAUGACAGUGAUAAAUUGUCUAAAUCAAUUGGAAGAUAAUUGCCUUUUAUAAUUAUGUUACAAAGACUUAACCAUUUAGGAAUGUUUGACUAUUUAGUAUUUGUUGAAUAUAGUAAUAGAACUUAAGUGCUUUUUAAUGUAGCCCAAAGGAUAUUUAUGUAAUUUCUACUUGUCAUUGCUAAUAUUGUUUUAGAUAUGAAUGAAUAUAAAAUUAUAGGGAGUGAUAUCAAGUGUUAGGAAAACAUUAGGUUUGAAAAUUAUUUUGAUAAUUUGACAAAUAUGGAGGGCCUAUAUAUGAGAUAUUGUGAUAGAUACUAUAGAAACUAGAAAUGUAAACAAGUUUUUCACUCAGUAAAAUAUAGUGAGGGAGACCUCUACCCAAAGAACUAUUAUGGCAAAGUGUGAAUCUAAUUCUUAAUCUCCACCAUCAUAAGAAGUAAUUAGAGACCCAGUUUAUGUAUAAACAUUUGUGUCCUUUAAUGUUCACUUAAGUUUUAUUGGCAUGAAAGAGAAUUAUUUUAAAAACCUAAUGUCUAUAGAAAUCCAAAUUUCCCGGAACUUGAUAAUGUAUUUUCUAGUAGAAAAACAAAAUUAUAGAAGCUUUAAAAAAUACUAACUAUAUUAUCAAGGCUCUGGCUGACAUUGAAGGAAAUAUAUGUACAUAUAAUGCUCUGUUUUGUGUUUUGGUGUUGAAUUUCUGGUAUUGUCACCUAAGUGCUCAUUUUUAGGAAAAUCAGAUUCUAGAGUAAAUAUACUGCUUAAAGUUUAAUGAACAUGUGAUAACCUCUAUAACCUCUGUAGUCUAAAAGUUAAGAAAUUACAAGAUGCCACAAGUCAAGUUAAUAUCCAGUUCUACCUUUUAACCCAUUUUCUCUUUUGUGAAAUGGCACUUUAAAUCAGACGUGUUUUAAUUAUUCUGUGGCUGGAUAUAUAUUGGAUUUUCAUUUCCAGUAUAUUGAUUCAGUGUUCAUAUACAUUUGCAAAGAGUCAAGAAUACAGUUAAGUUUUAAAUACUAUAGGUUUGCAAGUUAUUGGUAUGAAUGUGGAGUCAUAAAAGUCCAGUUCUCUGCAGAGAGAAAAAUUGUUAUCCAUAUGGUUUUUUAUACCUAUUUAACUAGAGAUAAUUUAUUGUUAUUUUUGCUGUUACCAUGUGUAGGUCCCAUUUAUUUUAAAAUACCAAGCAAAAAGUUCCAAGUUUGCCUUAAAAUACAAAUGAAAUCAAAGAACUGGAUGAUAAUGCCUAUAUUUUUGCCUUAUGAAUUCUGCUGUAUCAUAAACCAGAGAUGGUUCUGAUUUUAAUAGGAUUCUGAAAUUUUGUAGAUGUAGAGUACAGAUAUAUGUACUCUCUUGAAAAGAAUGUGAUCUAGUUGUGGAUUAUGUUAAUAUUUAAAUGUUUCUGUGUCUAUAUUUUACCUCUGAAUAUGUAUCUUUUUAGCAUCAGGGUUUCAUUUUAUUUUUGUUUACAUAGGAAAGUGACAUUUAACUUGUUGAAAGUUGUAUUUUGUUUUUUAUUUUAAAAGUUCUUUGUACUAUUGUGGUAAUGCUCUGUAAUGACUAUGGUUAAAUUUCAUUUAAUGUGAAAUGUUUAGAAUAAAUUUGAAAAACA